AUGGAAAAGGAAAAGAAUUUGGAAGAAAAGGAAGAGGAAGAAGAAGCAAUUGAGCUGGUUCUAUUUCAAGUAUCUGAAUGCUACGUGUAUUUGAUACCUCCACGGAAAACCGCAGCUUCUUACAGGGCUGAUGAGUGGAAUGUCAAUAAAUGGGCAUGGGAAGGCACUCUGAAAGUUAUUAGCAGAGGAGAAGAAUGCAUUGUCCGAUUAGAAGACAAGGAGACAGGUGAAUUGUAUGCACGGGCAUUUUUGAGAGAUGGGGAGCCACACCCUGUGGAGCCUGUAAUUGAUAGCAGCAGAUAUUUCGUUCUUCGAGUAGAAGAGAAUAUUGAUGGACGCCUUCGCCACGCUUUCAUCGGUAUAGGAUUUCGAGAAAGGCCUGAAGCUUAUGACUUCCAAGCUGCCCUCCAUGACCAUAUGAAGUACCUGAAUAAGAAGAAAACUGCUGAAGAGAUGGAACAACAACACCAGAAUAUUUCUUCAGUAGAUUACAGUUUAAAAGAUGGGGAGACCUUAGUGCUUCAAUUAAAGAAUAAAGGUAGUGGCAACCUAAAGACCAAGUUCUUUGAGCAAGGCUUGAAUAAUCUUUCCUUGGAUGACAAGGGUACUAAGAAAGAAUCAGCAGGAGGUAUGAAAUUGCCCCCUCCUCCGUCUGCACCCCUCUCGCCUGCUGUUACUGCUCAAAAUUCACCCUCGGGAUCGCCCACCAAAUUUAGUCUCGAGGAAACUUCUAAAGACGACUUGUCAAAUCCCAAAAAAGAACAACCAAAAGAAUCAGGAUCUCAUCAAUCCCAAAAUCUUCAAGAUAUACCAGAUGAUGAUUUCGGGGAUUUUCAAGCAGCUGGAUAA